AGACAGACGGACGAACGGGCAGCGCGCACGUACCUGGCGCUCCUCUCAGGGACGCCCGGGCCCCGCGGCCCCACGUCGCCAUGGGGCUCCUGGCGGGCGUGCUGGGGCUGUUGGCUCUGGGGGCGACGGCGGCGGCGGGGGCGGCCGUGCAGGAGCAGGGCUAUUACGUGCAGCAGCUCUUCGGGCUGUACGGCGCCAACGGGACGCUGCCCUUCGAGGGGUUGGCGCGGCUGCUGGGCAGCCUGGGGCUCGGCCGCGUGCAGGUGGUGCAGAUCCAGCACGACGAGCUGGGCCACGGCCACGUCAGCCACCUCGACCUGCUGGAGGUGCAGGAGGAGAAGCACCGGCACCGGCACCCGCUCUGGGAGCACAGCGGGGACCCGGCACCCGGCACCCCGACACCCGACGCUGCCCCCAGCCCCCCGAACCGAGCCAGAACGAAGCCGGCACCCACCAAGCCCCCCAGUGCGGGGGCCCCCCAAAAACAUCUGACCCUGCUGGGGACGGUGCUGGGUUUGGACCACUCCGGCACCGACCAUUUGCACGAUGAUUGCCUCAAUGUCACCCAACUCCUGGGGAAUUUCGGGCUGGAGGCGGUGGCCCAGCUGACGCCCGAGCAGUUCACCCUCCUCUGCCCGGCCCUUCUCUACCAGAUCGACAGCCGUGUCUGCAUCCAGCACAGCGAUGAGGUGACGCUGCCUCCCCCGGGGGGGGCCCUGUGGCCAGCGCUGGGUUGGGGGCUCCUGGCCGUCGCCCUCGUCAGCCUGCCCUCCGCCCUGGCCGUCGCCCUCGUCCCGCUGCUGAGCCGCGGCUUCUUCCGCUCGCUCUUGGCCUUCCUGGUGGCCCUGGCCGUGGGGACACUCUGCGGGGACGCCCUGCUCCAUCUCUGGCCCCACGUAGGUGCCUCCGCCUCGGCGGGACGGAGGGGAACUGGGGUGACUGAGCCGGAGGCCGCGGUGCUGCAGGGGCUGGCGGUGCUGGGGGGCAUCUACCUGCUCUUCUUGGUGGAGCUGCUGCUGGGGAUGUUGCGGCGCAGCUGGGACGCCACGGGACGCUGCCCCACAGACCCCUCCGGUGUGGCCGCGGGGGCUCCGGCACCAUCGCAAGGAGGGGCCGAACUGCGACGCCUGACGGCACCGGAGCCGGAGGUGGAGGUCAGAGCCCACGGCCAAAGCCACGGACACUCCCAGAGCCACGGACACUCCCACGGCCCCACGCUGCCCCCCAACCCCAGAGCCACCGACAUCGUCUGGAUGGUGGUGUUGGGGGACGGCAUCCACAACCUGAGCGAUGGCGUGGCCAUCGGAGCCGCCUUCUCCCACAGCCUCUCCAGUGGGCUCAGCACCGCGCUGGCCGUGCUGUGCCACGAGCUGCCCCACGAGCUGGGUGACCUGGCCGUGCUGCUGCGGGCGGGCACGGCGCCCCGCACCAUCCUGCUCCUCAACGCCCUCUCGGCGCUGCUCUCCUGCCUGGGGGCCGCGGCGGGGGCGGCCGUGGGGCAGAGCGCGGCCCACCUCACCCCUUGGAUCCUCACCAUCACCGCCGGCAUCUUCCUCUACGUGGCCUUGGCCGACAUGCUCUCCGAGGCGCUGCGGAGCACCGAGGGCCCCGGCGAGGGCACCUGGAGCCGCUUCUUCCUGCAGAACACGGGGUUCCUGCUGGGCAGCGGCAUCAUGGUGGCCAUCGCCCUCGCCGAGGGCCACGUCCGCGCUUGGCUGCAGCCCUGAGCGGCGCCGGGGCUCGGCCCUGCUUGACGCCAUCGCAACCGGAGCGGGGAACGGCAUCGGGACCCAGCGGCGGCGGAGCUGGCUGGGCGGUGGGGCAGCAGGAGCCCCAACACGCCUCAGGACUGGGCUUUCCCCCUUCUUCGUGAGACCCCACAGCAGUCGCCGUCCCCGGAGGCUCCGUGCUCAGCCCCACGUUGUCCCCUCGCUGCUCCCGCUCCCCUUUGGCUCUGCGUCCCCUUUGGGGGUCCCGGUGCUCCCCGGGGUGAUGGCACACUCGGCUCUGGGGGUGGCAUCGAGCGCCUUUCCCUUCCCCGGCGCCCCCGGAGCAUCCGUUAGCGGAGAAAAGACGUGAGGAUGUAGAAGCAAUAGCAUUUUAAUAAACAGAAUUGAUUCA